AUGCCCUGUUCUUUAAUCCAUUAUGUCCAACAUUCAUUUCAUUUGUUUCCUUUCUUCACUAGCUAUCUAUCGGGGAACAAACUCAGAUACUUCCCACAAGGAAUUUUUAAAGGCUUAAAAGAGCUUUUGAUUAUGUAAGUAGACUAUGAAAUUCUUCAAGUGAGUAAUAAGCUUUGAAAUUACCUAUAACGAUCAUGACAUUUGAAUGCAUUUAAUUUCAUCUUUAAAUGAUUAUUUACACAUCAAUGUCGAAAUAUUUUACCUUCCCUGUUACUGAUUAAGUUCUUUUUGUUAGAGAAAUUGUUGAAAACGAAAUGACACAUGUCUCCAUCGACAACUUCAAAGAAAUUAAACAGUUAAAAAUUCUGUGAGUGUUAUAAUUAAUCAAGUGAUGACCAAGUUGUGAAACGGACCUUGUUACCUUAAGGUGUAAUAUUUGACAAUUGAAACAUUAUGAAAACACUUCAAAUCGAUGCUUUUAUUGUAAAAGCAUCUUACGUUAUCUGCAACUCACCGGAAAUGUUUUCCUGACAGCAGAUUGAUUAUUUGCUGAGUGGGAGUAAGUUUGUAAAGAAACUUUAGUGCUGCGUCGGCGCAGGGCAUUUCAAGAUAUUUGGUGUCAUUCUACAUCGAAACUCUGAUUGGUUGAGAGCGUACAGAAUCUGUCUCUUAGAACACACGCCUGGCCUGUCUCUUGGAAAAAGUCAGACCUGUACCCCUUGCCGAAGGUUGAUAUACCUAAGGGAAUAUCAGACUUCCGCGGAAUAAAUGUGACACCUGUCAUCGCAAGGUGCUUUGAGAAAGCUGUCUUAGGAACACACGCAAGGGAGACCUUCGAUGAACAUUCUGGGAUCUCACAGUUUGCAUACAUAGAGGGAGGGAGCUGUACCAAUGCUCUACUGACUAUCCAACAUACUGUCAAUCAAUAUCUUGAUAUCCCAGAGUGCAAAGCGGUACGCCUAUUCGCUAUGGAUUUCAGCAAGGCUUUUGAUAGUGUGAAACACGAUCUCCUCUCACACAAAUUGAAGCAACUCCCCCUAAAUCCUUUUAUAGUUAACUGGUAUCUAAGCUUUUUUGGAAGACAGGCAGCAGAGAGUCAUUAGAAAUGGGUUUAUUGGAAAAUGGAAAAGUGUUAACAAAGGUACCACCCAAGGAAGUGUCAGCGGGCCGCACUUGUUCAAUGUCUUUCUCAGUGAUUUAGAGAUACACUUGGACAAUAAGAGCGUGCUGGUAAAAUAUGCAGAUGAUACAACCAUUAUCUCGCCUGUGAUAGGUGAUAAUGACAAUUCUAUCGCACUGAUUAAUCAGUUUUCCCAGUGGUCUAGAAGUAAUGGUAUGUGUAGCAAUCCAUCUAAGUGCAAGGAAAUCAUUUUCCGCAAGAAAGGUUGUACAAUAGAGUUUCCGAUGGUGUCUGGAAUACCACAGAGAAAAAAGAGCUUACUAUUUUAGGGGUAACAUUUCAGGAAGACAGUAGGUUCAUAACACAUAUUCGGGAAAAACUAAUUAAAGCAAACAAGUGCCUGUUCAUUUUAAGAUCUUUAAGGAAAGAAGGGUACAAUCAGGCCGAAAUAGACCAUCUGUUUCUAAAUCUGGUUCUACCAAAUAUAUUAUACGGGUUGUCCGUAUUUGGCGCUGUAAAUUCGAAUUAACAACAAUCCAAUGUUUCUUAGAUCGAUGUUAUAAGCGCAAGUAUACAUCCGAUCACAUUAAUGUUUAUGAAUUGUUAGUUCAACAGGACACGCGUAUCUUCAAGAAUGUUUUUAAUAAUACAAUACACCCUUUAAGAGCUAUAAUGCCAAAAAAUAAAUUAACCAAGUACAAUCUGAGGAAAGAGACAAGUCACCAUCCUAAAAUAAACACUGAUAGGUUCAAAAACACGUUUGUUAAUCGCUUAAUUUUUAAACAUAAUCUAGUCUUAUAAUUUUUAUCUUGAUUUUCUCUGUAAUUUAUAUAUAUACCUUCUUUUAAUGUUGUAACAUAGGAUAUGUGAUUAUUUAUCUUAUGACUUAAUAAAGAUUCAAUGAAUGAAUGAGUCAAUAUACCAAAGCGUGUGAAGUUGACAUGAUAACCGAUAUAUCCAUCAGGUAUUGGGUUAUCAUGUGGAGUUCAAAGUCUGACUAGUUUCCAACCCCCUCGUCAGUGUAACGUCCUGCAAAACCCUGUGUCUGCUUUAAAUGCCUCAGCCUCCGGCUUCGGCAGAUAACUCAGACUUCAGCAUUAUGAUAAUAUCAUGACCAAUCUUAUCCAAUAUUUAAUUAUUAUCAAGUGAGUUGGAGAUGUAAAUUGGCCACCCUGAAUAGCCUCAAAAGCGGACCCCUGAGCAUUAGCCCUUCGUACAAGAAUAGAGGAAUUGUAAGUUGUAGGUGGUUUAGAAACAGGAAAAGACGCUUCGCGAUUAGAGGGAACCCGAUCACGAAAUAAACACGAAUAAAUUAUUUAAAUGAAAGACUUCGUUGACAUUGUGGGAUUAAGAGAGCUUAUUUGAUAGAUUAAUUUUUGUUGUGGAGUUUUGCGGCUUUUGAUCACUACAUUUUAAUCUCCUAAUUUAAUUUCCAGGUAUAUGCAGUAUAACAAGAUGAGGGAGAUUCCAUAUGGUUUUUUCGAUAUGUUGAAGGAUAUACAACGAGUGUAAGAUUUUGAUAAAAUUCAUUCGCAAAUUAUUAGUUUUUGAGCAAAGCUAUACAUUUUGAGUAGACAACAUUUUGGGGAAAUUCAAGUUUUUGCAAAAAGAAUUGAAGACUUGGAUUCUUAAAAAAAAUAUUUUGUAUAAGUCAAUGGAUAACUCCAGCCAUCAGUUACUGAUAUAUUCUUAAAAGCAAGUUCUUGUCGACUGUGAAGUUUUAAUGAAAUAACUUCAGUGGAUGAUAUUUUACAAUUGUAGGAGUCUCGACACAAAUCUGAUGUGUUGUCAUAUGCACAAGGAGGACGCUGACUGUGCUUUCACGUACAACGACGACUUUGCCAACUGUGAGAGCAUGUUUAAGAAUUCUGCCCCAAGGAAGAGUAUCUGGGUGAUAGGAAUAUUUUCUCUGGUUGGUGCAGUGUUUGUUGUCACUUGGCGAGUGAUCUUUAAAGAAAAGAACGUGGUUCAGUCCAUCAUGUUGCUCCACUUAGCAGUGUCCGAUGGUUUGAUGGGUAUUUACCUGAUCUCUCUUGGCACUAAAGAUCUGUUUUGGAGAGGAGAGUAUUACUUGCAUGACUUCCAGUGGAGGUCUGGUUUGUCUUGUCAAAUAAUUGGAGCGAUCUCCCUUCUGUCAAGUGAGGUUUCGGUUAUGAUGAUGACACUGAUAUCUGCUGAUCGGCUUAAAAAUAUUGUGUUUCCUUACCAAGGUGCUUCUCUGAGACCAAAAGCAACACAUAUCCUGUGCAUCAUCAUAUGGGCAAUUGGCUUCCUUAUGGCCUUUUUGCCUAUGUUUGGUAUUCAGUAUUUUGAAGACCCAUUCAGGUACCAUAGUUACUAUGGUAGAAGUGUGGUAUGUCUACCCUUGCAGCUUACUUCUGAUAAGCCGGCAGGUUGGGAGUAUUCUGUUGCUAUCUUUCUCGCUUUGAAUUUUGCUUUUUUCUUGUUCAUCAUGGGUGCUUAUCUCAUGAUACUAGUCAAGUCUUACUUGUCUAGCCGGCGACUGGCCCGUCAGGGUACUGAAAGAGAGAUCCAGGCCAGAAGAGCAAACUUUAGGAGGGAAACGGCUCUUGCAAGGCGGGUGUUCUUCAUCAUCCUGAGUGAUUGUGUGUGCUGGAUGCCGGUGAUAGUGAUUGGUAUGAGGACCAUCAUCGAGAAGUCUUACGAAGCGCGAGGAGACCUCGCUGUCUGGAUCGCUGUAUUUGCCCUUCCGAUCAACUCGGCCUUGAAUCCUAUCCUGUACACCUUGUCAACAGAACAGGUGCGUUAUGCGCUUUUAAUCCAUUAUUAGUAGUCAAGAUAAUAAAAUCCGUAAGUAGACUUACAAUGGCUAGGUACAGGAAGGGUAAUGGUUUUCAGCCGACUAUAGGCAGUGUAUAAUAUUGAUCAAGGCUGCUUUGUUCACUUGCAAUGGACACUGACAAUGUUUCAAAAGCAUUGGACAACAGAAAUUCGUCAGUUUCUAUUUUGUCAUCGGAGCUCAGCUUAAGACAGUGAGCGAAAUCUCGAUUAUUUUGUAUCCAGGCCAGAGGCAUUCUGAAGAACAAAAUGGAAAAAGUCUGGAACUACUUGAAGACCGUUUUCACCUGCUGUGGUCGGGAUCAGGAAGGUGCGAUAUAAUUAUCAGCUCCUGAUAAGAAAUAAACCGAAAAACGAUGUAAACUAACAGAUUGCUGCAAACACAGUUUAUUGAUCUAUUGAUUUGUUCAUUCGGUCACUCAGUCAUAAAUCAAUUCACUCAUGCAUGCAUAGAGGCAUUCAUUUAAUCAUUUACUCGCUCGUUCGGUCCAUCGUUCUUUUAUUGGUCGAUUCGUUUGUUGUACGAACUAAAUAUUUCUUGACUCGAUCAUUGACUUUUCUUCGUUGUUUUCUUUAAAAGGCCAAGGAGAUGGGGAACAACCGAACCAACCGGGAGCAGAAGACAAUGGACAACAUGGCGGCGAGGGAGGUAAAUCCUUACCCGUAUUUCUAGAAAGACCGUGAAAACUAUAAACGAGGGAAAUAAAGGGCAAUCUGUGACUAAAAAUAUUUUUUUAUGUCUUCUCUCUUCUUUUUAUGUUCUCUUUUUUUUUUUAAAUUUUAAAAUUAAAGGCCAAGGAGAGGGAGAGCAAGUUAACCAGCACGGAAUGGAAGAAAAUAUAGAACAUGAGGGCCAGGGAGGUAAAAACCUUUCAGAUGUCAAUUAA